UCCCAAGUCUCCCACACAAAACACAUUACCUUACACACACUGUAAAAAAGAGAAGAAAAAAAUAAAUAAAAACAAAAUCAAAUCAAGUUCUUAAUUCAUUUCAUUUACCCCCCAUCGUCUUCUAGGGUUCCACAACAAUGGCCCAAGUCAUGAACAACAUGGCGGUCGAUUCACUCGACCGUCGUCGCGACCGCAAAGACAAAUCCUCCACCGCCGACGACACCACCACCAACAACGACAAUACCACCGCAACCCAAUCCUCUCCCCCACCACCACCUCAACAACAAAAUCAACCUCCGCCAUCUUCUAGAAGGCGCGAUAGAGACUCACGAGAAAGGCGUGAUGACCGAGACCUUGACCGUCCACCUAACCGUCGUGGACCUGAUUAUUAUGAUAGAAAUCGUUCUCCGCCGAUGCCUAGAGAUAGAGAUAGGGAUUAUAAGAGGCGGGGCACAUUGAGUCCUCCUCCGCCUGUUUCGUAUAGAGAUAGAAGGCACUCGCCGCCGCCGCGAAGGUCGCCUCCUUACAAGCGGUCUAGGAGGGAUGAUGGAGGUUAUGACGGGAGGAGAGGAAGUCCACGUGGCGGUUUUGGACCUGGCGAUAGAAGGUUUGGGUAUGAUUAUGCUGGUGGAUAUGAACGUGAGAUGGGGGGCAGACCUGGCUAUGGUGAUGAAAGGCCUCAUGGCCGGUACAUUGGUCGGCCAUCUGGUGGUUAUAGUGGUCCUUCAGAAUGGGAUUCAGGUCGUGGUGGUUACAGUGAUGUUCCUAACGCAGGGAGUGCUCAAAGGGAAGGCUUGAUGUCCUACAAGCAAUUUAUUCAGGAGCUUGAAGAUGAUAUACUUCCUGCUGAAGCAGAGCGCAGAUAUCAAGAAUACAAGUCAGAAUAUAUUUCAACUCAGAAGCGAGUUUUCUUUGAUGCUCAUAAGGAUGAGGAAUGGUUGAAGGACAAAUAUCACCCAACUAAUUUACUUUCAGUCAUAGAAAGGAGGAAUGAACUUGCACGGAAGGUUGCAAAAGAGUUCUUGCUAGAUUUACAGAGUGGGACGUUGGACUUAGGUCCUGGUGUAAAUGCCUCGUCAUCAAAUAAAUCUGGACAGACUAGUGAUCCAAAUUCUGAUGAUGAAGCAGAUGCUGGUGGUAAAAGAAGACGGCAUGGUCGGGGACCUGCUAAAGAAACUGAUCUUUUAUCUGCUGCUCCUAAGGCACACCCAGUCUGCUCAGAACCUAGAAGAAUCCAAGUUGAUAUUGAACAAGCACAGGCUCUUGUACGCAAACUUGAUUCAGAGAAAGGAAUUGAGGAAAAUAUCUUAUGUGGAUCUGAUAACGAUAAAAUGAGUCGGGAGAAAUCCCAUGGUGGCUCUACUGGUCCAGUUAUUAUCAUAAGGGGUUUGACCUCUGUCAAGGGCUUGGAGGGUGUUGAACUUCUGGACACACUUAUUACUUAUAUGUGGCGCAUCCAUGGUGUGGAUUAUUAUGGGAUGGUUGAAACAAGUGAAGCAAAGGGUCUCAGACAUGUUAGAGUAGACGGAAAAAGUAGUGACUUAGGUAGUAAUGGGUCUGAGUGGGAAAAGAAACUUGACUCUCGUUGGCAAGAGAGAUUGAGGAGUCAAGAUCCAUUAGAAAUAAUGACUGCAAAGGACAAGAUCGAUGCUGCUGCUGUUGAUGCUUUGGAUCCCUUUGUCCGGAAGAUUAGGGAUGAAAAGUAUGGGUGGAAGUAUGGUUGUGGAGCCAAAGGUUGCACAAAGCUUUUUCAUGCUGCUGAGUUUGUGCACAAGCAUCUUAAACUGAAGCACCCAGAACUUGUGAUGGAGCUCACUGUCAAAGUCCGUGAAGAACUGUAUUUUCAGAACUACAUGAAUGAUGCAGAUGCACCUGGUGGGACACCUGUCAUGCAGCAACCUUUACCGAAGGAAAAACCAAUGAGACGCAAGCUAGGUUCAGAGAACCGAUUAAAAGAUGAACGUGGAAACCGUAGAGAACGUGACUAUCGAGCUAAUGGUAGUGAUAGAUAUGAUAGGUCUGACAAUGCUCAAUCUAGUGAAUUUCCAUCCAACAAUGAUGGUCCUGAUGGUGCAAAUCCAUAUAUAUAUAUAUAUAUAUAUAUAUAUAUAGAACACCUCAUCUUAUUUGUUAAAGUAGAACUUAUUGGGUUCUCUAACUUUGUAGAAUGGGAUUCAGGUCGUGGUGGUUACAGUGAUGUUCCUAACGCAGGGAGUGCUCAAAGGGAAGGCUUGAUGUCCUACAAGCAAUUUAUUCAGGAGCUUGAAGAUGAUAUACUUCCUGCUGAAGCAGAGCGCAGAUAUCAAGAAUACAAGUCAGAAUAUAUUUCAACUCAGAAGCGAGUUUUCUUUGAUGCUCAUAAGGAUGAGGAAUGGUUGAAGGACAAAUAUCACCCAACUAAUUUACUUUCAGUCAUAGAAAGGAGGAAUGAACUUGCACGGAAGGUUGCAAAAGAGUUCUUGCUAGAUUUACAGAGUGGGACGUUGGACUUAGGUCCUGGUGUAAAUGCCUCGUCAUCAAAUAAAUCUGGACAGACUAGUGAUCCAAAUUCUGAUGAUGAAGCAGAUGCUGGUGGUAAAAGAAGACGGCAUGGUCGGGGACCUGCUAAAGAAACUGAUCUUUUAUCUGCUGCUCCUAAGGCACACCCAGUCUGCUCAGAACCUAGAAGAAUCCAAGUUGAUAUUGAACAAGCACAGGCUCUUGUACGCAAACUUGAUUCAGAGAAAGGAAUUGAGGAAAAUAUCUUAUGUGGAUCUGAUAACGAUAAAAUGAGUCGGGAGAAAUCCCAUGGUGGCUCUACUGGUCCAGUUAUUAUCAUAAGGGGUUUGACCUCUGUCAAGGGCUUGGAGGGUGUUGAACUUCUGGACACACUUAUUACUUAUAUGUGGCGCAUCCAUGGUGUGGAUUAUUAUGGGAUGGUUGAAACAAGUGAAGCAAAGGGUCUCAGACAUGUUAGAGUAGACGGAAAAAGUAGUGACUUAGGUAGUAAUGGGUCUGAGUGGGAAAAGAAACUUGACUCUCGUUGGCAAGAGAGAUUGAGGAGUCAAGAUCCAUUAGAAAUAAUGACUGCAAAGGACAAGAUCGAUGCUGCUGCUGUUGAUGCUUUGGAUCCCUUUGUCCGGAAGAUUAGGGAUGAAAAGUAUGGGUGGAAGUAUGGUUGUGGAGCCAAAGGUUGCACAAAGCUUUUUCAUGCUGCUGAGUUUGUGCACAAGCAUCUUAAACUGAAGCACCCAGAACUUGUGAUGGAGCUCACUGUCAAAGUCCGUGAAGAACUGUAUUUUCAGAACUACAUGAAUGAUGCAGAUGCACCUGGUGGGACACCUGUCAUGCAGCAACCUUUACCGAAGGAAAAACCAAUGAGACGCAAGCUAGGUUCAGAGAACCGAUUAAAAGAUGAACGUGGAAACCGUAGAGAACGUGACUAUCGAGCUAAUGGUAGUGAUAGAUAUGAUAGGUCUGACAAUGCUCAAUCUAGUGAAUUUCCAUCCAACAAUGAUGGUCCUGAUGGUGCAAAUCGUGAUGAAUCAAUGUUUGAUCCUUUUGGAGGAGGCAUACGGGUUGGGCCUCCUUUCCCCUCUGAUAUACCCCCUCCACCGGUAUUGAUGCCUGUUCCUGGUGCUGGUCCAUUGGGGCCUUUUGUCCCUGCGCCACCUGAAGUUGCUAUGCGGAUGUUUAGAGAACAGGGUGGCCCUCCUCCUUUCGAAGGGGGUGGUAGAAAUGGGCGGCCUGGGCCCCAACUAAGUGGACCAGGCCCUAUUCUUUUGUCUCCAGGUUUUCGACAGGAUCCUCGACGAUUAAGAAGCUACCAAGACCUAGAUGCACCAGAGGAUGAAGUCACUGUUAUAGACUACAGGAGUUUGUAAAGAAGUGGUUGAUUGUUGAAAGAAUAUAAGUUGAUAUUUUUGGAGGGUCGAGGCAACUCCUGCACUAGCGACAGACGUUAACUUGCAACGGUAAAAGAAACCACAUUGUGCUUAGAUAAUUAGGAUGUGAAUCUACUGCAGGUUGCUCAUGGUUUCUGCCACUGUUGAAUGAUAGUGCUACUUAGUCCUGCAAUGUGUGUUAGACUAGUGAUCCAAACUCCAAUUUUUUAUUCCCCACUCUUUGACUUGACUUGAAAAGAGAUUUUCUUUUAUGAAUUUGGGGUGCGUUUAUACUAUGGUUAACGUAGUAGAUUUUUUAUAGUUGCUCAUUUGUUUUCCCCCCAAUGUUGGUGUUGAAUAGAUAAACCAAAUAUUUUGCUUUUCUUUCGACAAUAAAGAUAUUUUGAGGCUAAAACCUUUGUGCAUC